CCGAAAGACUGUAAAGUGUCAUCUUUAAAAUAGCCCAAUAGCCGCGUAAAAGGAGCCAAUUACUUUUGACAUUUUGGCAAUUAUACCGAUUUACACCAAACUACCUUAUAUAUAUCUGGAAUCACCUGCCUCUGUCUUUACUGGGAAAUCAUUUCAUAACUUACCUCUCUUUUCCUAGCCCGAAUAAUGUCGGAUUCGACUAUCUUUCCUUUUAACUUAACUGCUCAAUUAUCCACAAUUGGUCAGUCAGCGGACACCAACGUAUCCAGUUCGAGCUCCAACUCAAGUGUAUCCGAAUCUUGUGCGGAAUCCCAUUUAUCUAUAGCUUCCAGUUCAUAUUUCGGAUCCAAUACAUCCGUGGAAUCUGAUUCAUCUGUUAAUUCCCAUUUGUCCUUGGAAUACCAAUCACCAGUGGAGUGGUAUUUAUCUGUGGAAUCAGAUUCAUCUUCAACACCCAAUACCAGCGAAACUUUUUCGGCCGGAGAAGCUUCAAACCAACUGCAUUCACCGCAAAGCAAUAGCUCCUUGAAUAUGAGCCACGAUGGAUCCCACUCUCUGGCUAACUUGUCUCUCUCGAAUGACGAUGCUCACUCGCAGAUCACAUCACUUACCCAGGAUGUGGCCCAGAUGGAAGCAGAAUUGGAUCGCCUAAAUCGCUAUUGCGAGGAAGUUGUAGCACAGAUUGACACCUUACCCACGAGUACCUCAACGCCAACAGUAGUGCGUGGAAAUCGCCGCAGAAGUGCCAUGAGUCCAGUAGAAAUAAUAGAUCUGUCCCAUUUGGAGUUUGUACCACCGGUUCGAUCUGCUCGGAAUCGUGCGCCAGAUGCUGUCAUAGAUCUGUGCACUCCCGACGGGUCAAGAAGUCGCCCAUUCGAUCUUCCCUCCAACGACUCCUUUACCAGUACUAAUCGUAGGCGCGUCUUGGCUCAGUCAACCGAAAAUACCCCGGUAGUGGAUCUCGACGCUGUGUCGCCACCAAAACGCGUAUGUCGCGAUUUAGAUCUGUCCCAAAAAGAGGACUCAUACAAGUGCCCCGUCUGCAUGGACAGCGUAACGAAGCGCGAGCCAGUGUCAACCAAAUGUGGACACGUCUUCUGCCGCGAAUGUAUUCAAACAGCCAUCAGCGCUACGCACAAGUGCCCAAUGUGCAACAAGAAGCUGACUGCACGUCAGUUCUUUCGCAUUUACUUGUGAGUUGUUUAUACUAUUUUUUAUUAUAUUUGCUCUGUGAGCCAAACCUUCUUAUAGUUUAUAUUAUAGUUUUAUUAUAUUAUAGGCUUAACAAUGUAAAAGGCGGCAAAUAAUGUCUGUUCUUUAUUCAUUCAAUGAAUUAAAAAACAAUUUUUUAUUUAAGUUUUCAUAUGUAAUUAGUUAUCCACGAAAAUAUUUCUAAUACACGUAUGUGAAGUAAAAACAUGACCUUCUCAGGCUAGAAUAGGGCAUAUAAUUCAUAAGAGUAUCAAAGUAUUAUGAUGAAAUUUUUCCAAUCGCUAUUCAAUAAUGAAACAUAUAUAAUAAAUAAAAUGUACUCAUAGCAUA